CUCUGAAGGAUUGCGUGCUAUCCCGUGUCUUGGCAGCUAUCUGUAUCUUGAUAAGUCUCGAGAAUACCCCAACUACUUACUGUUCAACGACAUCAUCUCGAAAUGCUUUUUCAUUCAUUUGCGUGGUUAGCGGUGGCCGUCGGGGCCAUCGCAGCAAGCGGAAGCCGAAAUGAAACAGCAAAGCCCAACUUCAUUGUCAUCGUGACAGACGAUCAAGAUCUUCGAAUGAACUCGCUGGACUAUAUGCCUCGGGCCAAGAAGUAUUUAACAGACGAAGGGACAUUCUUCAACCAUCACUAUGCGACCGUGGCAUUGUGCUGCCCUGCUCGGGCCAGUUUGUGGACUGGCAAAGCAGCACACAAUACUAAUAUCACGAACCUUGGUCCACCUUAUGGUGGAUUCAAAAAGUUCAUCGACGAGGGUUACAAUGAGAAAUGGCUUCCCGUGUGGAUGAAAAAUGGGGGCUAUGAGACCUAUUUCACUGGCAAGCUCAUGAACGGCCACGACACGAAAAACUAUGAUUUACAAUUGAAGAAUAUGGGCUUGACUGGACACGACUUUUUUAUUGAGCCAGGGACAUACCAGUAUUGGAAUACAACCGUCCAGCACAAUCUCGACAAACCAAAGUCAUACCCGGGAGAAUUUGCAACGGACCUACUCGCCAACAAAUCCAUGAAAUGGAUCGACGAUGCCGUCAAGAAGGAGAAGCCUUUCUUCCUUGCCAUGAAUCCGGUUAAUCCGCACGGAAACUACGAUUAUAAGACAGGAAAGUUCACUCCGCCACUUCCAAAGGACAAAUACAAGAACGCAUUCCCGGAUGCAAAGGUCCCUCGGAAUGUCUCGUUUAACCCAGAUCAGCCCAGUGGUGCUAGCUGGAUUCGAGAACUCCGCCAACUCAACAGUUCUGUAAUCGAAGAGAAUGAUGAAUUCUACCGAGCUCGCUUGCAAGCCCUCCAGUCGAUUGAUGAUCUCAUCGAAACCGCCAUCGAGACACUCAAGAAACACAAUAUCCUCGAUAACACGUAUAUCAUCUACACUAGCGACAACGGCUUCCACAUCAGCCAGCACCGGCUGACGCCCGGCAAACGAUGCCCGUAUGAAGAGGACGUCAACGUCCCUCUCAUCAUCCGCGGUCCUGGGAUCCCCAAGGGCCAGACAUCGGACCUCGUCACCUCCCAUCUGGAUAUUGCUCCAUCGAUUGUGAAGUGGGCUGGUGCGAAGGGACCGGGUGAUUUCGACGGUGCGGCUAUUCCCAAGUCCGGCAAAGCUGAUCCAAAUGAGCCCUGGGAACACGUCGAAGUAGAGCAUUGGGGGACGGUUUCUGCAAAGCAGUAUGUUGCUUUGAGGAACCGGGUGAACACCUACAAGGCCGUUCGUGUCAUUGGAAAAGGGUACAAUAUCUUCUAUUCGGUCUGGUGUGAGGGUGAUCAUGAGGUCUAUGACAUGACGAAUGACCCUCAUCAAAUGAAGAAUCUAUACAACUCGACAUCGAAGAUUCUAAACACUCCAAUGUCAAAGGUGCAGCAUCGACUAGAUGCAUUGACCCUUGUUCUCAAGGCAUGCAAAGGCCGCACCUGCCAGAAACCCUGGGAAGCUUUGCACCCGGAUGGCAAGGUAAAGACAUUGGUUGAGGCGUUGGAUUCGAAAUAUGAUAGCUUCUACAAGAACCAACACCGCGUCAGCUUCGAUCAUUGUGCGCUGGGGUAUAUUGUGGCAAAUGAAUUGCCGAUCAAGUAUGCCAAGUAUGGAAAUGAGUCGUCGACCCAUGACGAAAGGGGGCUUGAGGGUUGGAAUAUCUUCCCUUAGUUUUAGGAUGGGACCGUUAUAUUUCCCUCUAUGGCUCUUUUCAUUCUUGGUCAGUCUAGGCUCCGAUUGUGUAGAGUUAUCUAGGAUCUAUCUGUCCGUCAUCACGACUAAAUUUUAUGUGUGUGAAGCAAUCACGCAACAGCAGUUGUCAAAUUCACUGCUUUCUGAGUAAUAUCAUGUAUGCUAUGAACAAUAUAACACCAAGGUCCCGGAGUGGCAAUGAAACCCCCU